GGCUAGGCGAAUAUCCCGGGGGAGGCAAGAUGGAAGAAAUCCUGCGAAAGCUGCAGAAGGAGGCGUCGGGGAGCAAGCACAGGGCCAUCAAGGAGAGCUGCACCUGGGCCAUCGAAACCUUGGAUUCUCCUGAUGCUGCUCUCAAGAUACCACCAUAUCAGCUGAGGGAGAAGUGUCUCCUUCCUCUUCAACUGGCUCUGGAAUCAAAGAGCAUGAAGCUGGCCCAACAGGCUCUAGCAGGGAUGCAGAAGCUGCUGUCUGAUGAGAGGUUUGUAUCCGUGGAAACAGACUCAGAUGAGAAACAGUUGCUUAAUCAGAUGCUGAAUGCUGUCAAAGUGACUCCUUCCCUCAAUGAAGACCUGCAAGUUGAAGUGAUGAAGGUUUGCAUUGAGACAUAUGUAUCUAGCUGUCACCAGCGGAGCAUUAACACCGCUGUGCGGGCAACCCUCAGCCAAAUGUUGAGUGACUUGACUUUACAGUUACGACAAAAGCAGGAAAACAUGAUAGUUGAAAACCCUGACACCUUGCAGAAAUUCAAGAGUCAAGGUACUUCAGCUGAAUCUCUUUGUGAUGAUGUUGUAUCUGUCCUCACUGUGCUCUGUGAGAAGCUCCAGGCUGUCAUAAAUGACAAUCGUCAGCUUCAGCUUCUUUACUUGGAGUGUAUCCUCUCCAUGCUGAACAGCUCCUCCCCCAGCAUGCACCAGCACAAAGGAUUCACUGAUCUAAUAUGGAAGCAACUGUGUCCAGCCCUAAUAGUAAUCCUGGGAAAUCCAAUCCAUGAUAAAACUAUCAUCUCUGCCCACAGCAGCAUCUGCCUUGAGGCUGAUUCACCUUCCUCAGGGAUCUCUGAUCAUGGCCGGGGUUCAGGUUGCUCUUCCACAGCACCUGCCCUUAGUGGGCCCGUUGCACGGACCAUAUAUUAUAUUGCAGCAGAACUGGUUCGACUGGUGGGGUCAGUGGAAUCCAUGAAACCUGUGCUACAGUCUCUGUAUCACCGGAUGUUGCUUUACCCACCACCUCAACAUCGAGUAGAAGCCAUCAAAAUUAUGAAAGAGAUACUUGGCAGUCCUCGGCAGCUUUGUGAUUUGGCAGGGCCCUGCUCUUCUGAGUCAGAAUCCAAGAAGAGGUCUAUUUCUAAAAGAAAGUCCCAUCUGGAUCUUCUCAAGCUUAUCAUGGAUGGGAUGACGGAAGCGUGCAUCAAAGGUGGUAUUGAAGCGUGCUAUGCUUCAGUGUCCUGCGUCUUUGCCCUGCUUGGAGCAUUAGAUGAGCUGAGCCAAGGGAGGGGUCUUAGUGAAGAGCAGAUCCAGCUGCUGCUCCAGCGCUUGGAAGAAUUGAAGGAUGGGACCGAGACAAGCAGGGACUCCAUGGAGAUCAAUGAUGCUGACUUCAGGUGGCAGAGACGCAUACUGUCCUCGGAAAACCCUGCCUGGGAAUCAGGAAAUGAGAAGAGUCCUGAUAUCAGCAUUAGCGUUACCACAGACACUGGUCAGACUACUUUGGAAGGGGAUAUGGGACAAACAACUCCAGAGGAUAAUACAGAAAAUCAAAAAAACUCCCUGCCAUCUCCAGCUGGACAUGAAAGCAAAGAGAUUCAUUACAGAGAACCAGAGUCAGAAACCAUUGACCAGCCAGAUGUUGUUCAAAGAAGCCACACCAUAGUCUAUCCAGAUAUAACUAACUUUUUAUCAGUUGAUUGCAAGACCCGGUCCUAUGGAUCCAGAUACAGUGAAAGUAACUUCAGUGUAGAUGACCAGGACCUUUCUAGGACUGAGUUUGAUUCAUGUGAUCAGUAUUCCAUGGCAGCAGAAAAGGAUUCGGGCAGGUCUGAUGUCUCAGACAUAGGCUCUGACAACUGUUCCCUGGCUGAUGAGGAGCAGACCCCACGGGAUUGCCCAGGUCACAGGUCCUUACGCACUGCUGCUCUCUCUCUGAAGUUGCUGAAGAGCCAAGAAGCAGACCAACACAGUGCACGGCUCUUCAUCCAGUCACUUGAAGCGCUUCUUCCUAGGCUUAUAGCUCUUCCCAGCAUAGAAGAAGUGGAUGGAGCACUGCAGAGCUUCUCUUCAACAUUCUGCUCAGGUAUGAUGCACUCACCAGGAUUUGAGGGAAACCUAAAUUUCAACUUCCAGACUCUGAUGAAUGCAGACAGUCUCUACGUGGUAUCACAUUACACUUUGCUGCUCAACCUAAAAUUGGCGAACUCAGAUUACUACAGGAAGAAGCCUGCCCAAGCCCCUGUGGUGCUGAAGGAGUUCAUGAAGCAGGUCCAGUCCAGUGGAGUGUUGAUGGUAUUUUCCCAGGCAUGGGUUGAAGAACUGUACCACCAGGUACUAGAAAGGAACAUGCUAGGGGAAGCUGGAUACUGGGGAAGCCCUGAGGAGCACAACCUUCCACUUAUCAGCAUGCUGACAGACAUCGACGGCUUGGGCAGCAGUGCAAUUGGUGGCCAAUUGAUGGCAUCUGCUUCAGCUCAAUCUCCUCUUUCCCAGAACCGGAAGACAGAUGAUUCUGUUGUUGCAGGAAUUGCUUUUGCCCGAUACAUUUUAAUUGGCUGUUGGAAGAACUUGAUUGACACUUUGUCCACCCCGCUGACUGGCCGCAUGGCAGGCAGCUCCAAGGGACUGGCCUUCAUCUUGGGAGCAGAAGGAGCCAAAGAGCAGAACCAGAAGGAGAAGGACUCCAUCUGCGUGAGCCUGGAUGGACUAAGGAGGGCAGCCCGGCUGAGCUGUGCUCUAGGAGUUGCUGCUAACUGUGCAUCUGCUCUUGCCCAAAUGUCUGCGGCCUCCUGUGUCCAAGAAGAGAAAGAGGAAAAAGAAAUCCAAGAACCCAGUGAUGCUAUAGCUCAAGUGAAACAGAAAGUGGAGCAGAAACUGGAGCAGAUGGGGAAAGUGCAGGGAGUCUGCCUGCACACUGCUCAUGUUUUGUGUAUGGAUGCAGUCCUUAAUGUGGGUCUGGAGAUGGGAAGCCAUAAUCAGGACUGUUGGCCUCAUGUAUUCAGGGUGUGUGAGUACAUCAGCACGCUGGAGCACACCCACUUCAGUGAUGGUGCUGCCCAGCCCUCCCUUACCAUCACCCAGUCCCAGCAAGCACCUGGAGGGCAGCACCCAGACUCUGAGCCUGGGGAGGCUCCUCAGACAUUGACCCCCGAGCAAGAGACCACCCUCAGCAGCCACCCUGUCAUUCAGCCAGUUUCUAUCCAGGAUCUCAUCAAGGACAGCAGUAAGGGCAGAGCUUUUGACUUCCGUGGAGGCAGUCUGCUGAGUGGUACCAGUGCUGCCAAGGCUGUUCUCACGCUCUCCACGCAAGCUGACAGGCUUUUUGAAGAUGCUGCUGACAAGUUAAACUUGACGGCUUUGGCAGGCUUCCUUUACCAGCUCAAGAAAGCUUCUCAGGCGCAGCUUUUCCAUUCAGUCACAGAUACAGUUGAUUACUCACUAGCAAUGCCAGGUGAAGUAAAGUCUACACAGGACAGGAGAAGUGCUCUUCACUUAUUCCGACUUGGUGAUGCCAUGCUCAGAAUUGUAAGGAGUAAAUCCCGCCCAUUGCUCCACCUCAUGCGCUGCUGGAGCCUGGUGGCUCCUCACCUUGUAGAGGCUGCCUGUCACAAGGAGAGACACGUGUCUCAGAAGGCUGUCUCCUUCAUCCAUGACAUCCUCACGGAAGUGCUGAUGGACUGGAACGAGCCUUCUCACUUUCACUUCAACGAAGCACUUUUCCGCCCCUUUGAGCGCAUCAUGCAGCUGGAGCUGUGUGAUGAGGAUGUCCAAGACCAGGUAAUCACCUCUAUAGGAGAGUUGGUGGAAAUGUGUUCUACCCAGAUCCAGUCGGGAUGGAGACCCCUGUUCAGUGCCCUGGAAACAGUGCAUAGCAGCAGCAAGUCAGAGGUCAAAGAGUACCUUGUAGGAGAAUACUCUAUGGGGAAACGCCAGGCUCCGGUGUUUGAUGUCUUUGAAGCAUUUCUAAACACAGACAACAUCCAGGUCUUUGCCAACGCUGCCACCAGUUAUAUUAUGUGCCUUAUGAAGUUUGUCAAAGGACUGGGGGAAGUAGAUUGUAAGGAGAUGGGUGACUGUGUGCCAGGAUCAGGAUCUGCAUCUACAGACUUGUGCCUUCCUGCGCUUGAUUACCUCAGGAGAUGUUCUCAGUUGUUAGCCAAAAUCUAUAAAAUGCCCUUGAAACCCAUCUUCCUCAGUGGCCGGCUGGUUAACUUGCCCCGAAGAGCGCAGGAGCAGUCAGCCAGCAGUGAGGAUGGAAUUGAGUGCAUCCUUUCUGACUUUGAUGAUGACACUGGCCUUAUCAAUGUCUGGAUUAUUCUGCUGGAAGAAUUAACAACUGCCAUAUCCAACUGUCCCCGUCAGCACCAGCCUCCUACUUUGGAUCUGCUCUUUGAGUUGCUGAGGGACGUUGCCAAGACACCUGGACCAGGAUUUGGCAUUUAUGCAGUUGUACAUCUUCUUCUUCCCACGAUGUCUCUUUGGCUCCAUCGCAGCCAUGGUGACCACUCUUACUGGGAUGUGGCAUCUUCUAAUUUCAAGCAUGCCAUUGGCCUUUCCAGUGAACUUGUAGUGGAGCACAUUCAGAAUUUCAUACACUCAGAUAUUGGUUAUGAAAAUAUGAUCAAUACUAUGUUGAAAGAUCUUUUCAAGUUACUGGUAGCCUGUGUAGCAGAACCAACAGAAAUCAUUUCCAGAGUUGGCUGCUCCUGUAUCAGGUAUGUCUUGGUGACAGCAGGGCCUGUUUUUACUGAAGAGAUGUGGAGGCUUGCAUGUUGUGCCUUGCAGGAUGCAUUCUCUGCCACUCUUGAGCCAGUAAAGAACCUGUUGGGCUAUUUCCACAGUGGCACUGAAAGCUUCAGUGGAGAUGCCUGUGAAGUGAAGGUGGCAGCCCCCUCCCUCUCACCAAGUGCUGAAGCUGAGUACUGGAGGAUCAGAGCCAUGGCACAGCAGGUCUUCAUGCUGGAGACUCAGUGCUCCCCAAAAACCCCUAGCAACAAGGAAGGGUUUGAACAUGCCCAGUCGUGUGUGCUCAUCAUUGACCUGCCACCAGAAAAGAAACCAAAUGGGCAUAACCAGAGAAGUAUUCCUUUCAGGACAAUAGUGGUGAGCUUGCUGUCCCACCAAGUGCUGCUCCAGAAUUUAUAUGACAUCUUACUGGAAGAAUUUGUGAAAGGCCCUUCUAACUUGGAGGAGAAAAUGGCAAUACAAGUACCAGAAAACAAGUUGGCUGGUUUUCUCAGGUACAUCUCCAUGCAAAACCUGGCUGUCAUCUUUGACUUACUCCUGGACUCCUACAGAACAGCCAGAGAGUUUGACACCAGACCUGGGCUGAAGUGUUUGUUGAAAAAAGUGUCUGGCAUUGGUGGGGCUGCCAAUCUUUAUCGCCAGUCAGCAAUGAGCUUCAACAUCUACUUCCAUGCCUUGGUUUGUGCAAUCCUGACAAACCAGGAGAACAUCACUGCAGAACAAGUGAAAAAGAUCCUCUUUGAAGAUGAUGAGAGAAGCACAGAUUCAUCACAGCAGUGUUCUUCAGAAGAUGAAGACAUUUUUGAAGAAACUGCCCAGGUCAGUCCCCCACGAGGGAAGGAGAAGAGGCAGUGGAGGGCUCGAAUCCCAUCUCUGAGCGUGCAGCCGGUCAGCAAUGCAGACUGGGGGUGGCUGAUCAAGCGGCUUCACAAGCUCUGCAUGGAACUGUGCAACAACUACAUCCAAAUGCACCUGGACCUGGAGAACAAUGUAGAGGAGCCUCCAGUGUUCAAAGGUGACUCUUUCUUCAUUUUACCAUCUUUUCACUCAGAGACUUCCACGCCAUCAACUGGAGGGCUGUCUGGAAAGGACACACCAUCAGAAGAUGACCGAAGCCAAAUCAGGGACCAGCUGGGAGACAGCCUGACACCUCGAGGAGGGAGUGGAGAAAUAUUGCUGCUACCCCCUCCCCUGAGUCCUAAACCAGAAAAAAAAGAGCAAACCAAGAAAAAAGAAUGGUGGGAGAGUGCUGGUAACAAAAUCUACACCAUAGCCACUGACAAAACCAUCUCCAAGUUUAUGACAGAAUACAAGAAGAGAAAGCAGCAACAGGCCAUGACAUCCUUCACCAAAGAGGUCAAAAUGGAAAAGAAAGGGGAACUCCUGGGUUCAAGAGGCCCUGACUCACCUGUACUCCAGCGGCCUCAACAUCUUCUAGAUCAAGGUCAAAUGAGGCAUUCAUUCAGUGCUGGUCCAGAGAUCCUGAGACAAGAGAAGAGACCCCGUUCAGGAUCCACAGUCAGCUCCCUGAAUAUAUCUAUUAGGGAUGCAGAGGCCCAGAUACAGGCAUGGACCAACAUGGUGCUGACAGUUCUUAACCAGAUUCAGGCUCUGCCAGACCAAACUUUCACAGCCCUGCAGCCAGCUGUGUUUCCCUGUAUCAGCCAGCUAACUUGCCACGUGACAGAUAUCCGUGUCCGCCAGGCAGUCCGGGAAUGGCUGGGAAGAGUGGGCCGAGUCUACGAUAUCAUCAUUUAAACCAAGCUGUGCUCUCUUGCAAAGGGCAGAAGACAUUCAAGGUAUACAGCAAAGAAGUACUUGGGGUUCAUUAAUUGCCUAUUUGUUGGUGAGAAGUUAAGAAAUAACGAGCUUGUCAAUUUGUAUUGUCUAUCCACCUGAGACUGU